CCACAUGCGUUUUUGACAUCAAGCCGAAAGCCCUCUCGUGGGAAAGUAAGCGCAGAAAAUAUCGUCGGUAAAAUGCUCGAUUUUCAUCAGUUUCUGAGCAAGAAGUGGUUUUGUCAUUUGUGGAUUUUGAUUCUCUGCGUGUUCGUCGUCGAGUCUAUGGUGGAAUUCUGGAGAAAUCUGGAUACAAUUUGGCCGAAAAUUCAUGCAGAAAGCGCGACUGUCCGCGGGAUUUUUUUCGUGGGGCAAAGGCACUCAUCAUCAGAUCAAGCUGGACGUUAAAAGGACUCCUGCCUUUCCCGAGUGUUCCUCAACAUCUUAAAAGGAUCGCUACCCACCAUGAGCAACCCCCCACCCCAGGGGCACCAGCACCACCCCCAGUCACCCCCAGUCCCCUCCAGCUCCUCAUCAGCCCCACCGUCGGCCCGUGAGGGUCUGGUGGGUUCUCCCACUGUACCCCAACCACCAUCUUCACAGCCUGUCGGUAUCCGCGAGGGGGAUCUGCCGGCUGGAAGGGUCGGCCAUAAUGGGGAAGCUAUGUCCAGUCCGGGCAUCGUGGACGGUGCGUAUGACAGCGACAGAGGCAACAGCGUAGCCAGCACGGGAAGUGACGAUAGAAAGCUCACGCCACAAAACAGACCGGUGGCGGUCUUCAAAUCCAGAACGUCGUCCUCACCGGCUGCGCCAGUUGCCUAUGCAGUCAGACCAAUACCACAGCAUCAUCUGACACAACAGCAGAGAAUACCUUACAUCGCCAAACGUGCCAUGUCCCCUCAGACCCACCAUCCCAUCGUCUGGCAGAGCCAAGCAGCCGCAGCAGCAGCAGCAGCAGCAGCAGCAGCCUCCCAGGGAUGGACGCAAUACUUCCCCCGACAGACCGUGGUGCCCCAGGGGUUACCCCAGUCCGUCUCCCCCCAAGGUGGUGCUAGAUAUCAACCCCAACCCCAGCCUUACCCAGCCUACACGUCACACACUCCUCCAAUAAGUGGGGUAAGUACAACCGUUUCUUCUCGUAACCACACCAAACUCAAAAACAAGAUCAAAUUUAUAGGAUGCUGCUCCAAAAACUCUUGUUGAGUUUUACAGCUGGUU